CCAUCCCUUCUCCGCCCCUCACCACCCUGCCCUAGACUCCCUCGAAGUUCCACCACAUCCAUGCCUAAUUCAGGGACACAAGCCGCCGACGGCGAACAAACAACACCGAUUAUAAUUCCGUCGGAGACCGAAGAUCAGCUUGCUGCGCCGGACCCACUUUUGGGGUCCGGAUCUUUUAUCGAUCCUAACAACGGAGGAGAUCAGAAUGCUUCCAAGGAAGCAGAGAACUCGCCAAACCCUAGUUCUGCCCUUCUGAAAAGAACCAGGCCUUCAUGGCUGCCCGAAAAUUGGGAAAUGCAAUUAAGACAACGUACUUCUGGUGCCACCGAGGGCACAGUUGACAGGUACUAUAUUGCACCAUCAGGUCAUCGUCUGCGCUCAAAAAACGAAGUGCUGAACUUUCUAGAAACAGGGAGCAAACGAAAGAAGCCAGCUUCUAAUUCUGAUGACGCUACCUCGGAGGGUUCCGCCCCUCGUAGUAAAAAGAAGACGGGUGCAAGGAAAAAAGUUCAUGCUGCUUUCACCUUCGAUUUCCGAAAUCCGCCAGAAAAGGUUAGUUGGUGCCUGAGCUAUGCAACGGAGGAUGUUUGGUCUCCGAGCAUUGGCGAUUGGAGUCUACCGCUCGCCACUAAACAAGAGUGGGCUGCUGUUUUCAAUCAUGUAUGCCAAAAGUAGAAUGUAUCGUUGGUCGUAGUUACUUAGACAUAGUGAAACAGGCAACUGUUUGUUGGAUGACAAAGUAUUUAAAGUUAAAAGUUGUCGACUACAGCCAACAUGUUCGUUAUGCGAUUUUUAAUUUUUCUUUGUUGGGU